AUGUAUUUCGAAAAACAGCCCACGAGUCCGGCCCAAAGCAACACCGCACCUCAUCCCCUUCCUCCCCAAUCCAAAACCUCCCCACCUUCCCGGCGUCGGCAACGCUAACCCCCAGCUCCAGCUCGUCUCCCAUGGCCACGGCGCCGCAUCUCGCCUUCCACCUCCCAUUCCCUUUCCUCUCAACCUCCCGCCCGCCGCCCAGGAUUCUAGCCCCUCCGCGCUGGGGGCCUCUCCGCUUAGCUGCGGCAGCGCGCCGCUUCCGGCCGCCCACCUCCGACGACGAGCCCCCCGAGGCCGCGGAGGACUCUUCCCACGGACUUAACCGAUACGACCAGCUCGCGCGCCACGUGGAGCGGGCGCGGAGGCGGCAGCAAUCCGAGCAGCCGGAGGUCACAGCCGACCACCCGCUCUUCUCGUCCCCUCCCUCGGCCACCACCAGUGGGAGCUACGACCCUGACGACGAGUUCUUCGACGAAAUCGACCGCGCUAUUGCCGAGAAGCGGGAGGAGUUCACGCGGCGCGGCCUCAUCAAGCCGACCCCGCCCCCUCCGCCGCCCGAGCUGGACGGGCCCGCCGACGAGCUCUCCCCCGAGGAGGCCAUCGACCUCGACGAGAUUCGGAGGCUGCAGGGACUCAGUGUAGCGUCCACGGCGGACGAGGAUGACGAGGAGGCAGAGGGGGUCGAGGAGGAGGACGGCGACGAGGGCUUGCCGCUCCACGACGACGACGCGGAAGGCUUUGAUGUGGCUGACGAGCUUGGACUCGACGGGGCGAGAAUGCGGCAGCCGGCCUUCCGGAUGACGUUGGCCGAGCUCCUGGACGAGAGCAAGCUUGUUCCGGUGGCGGUGACGGGCGACCAGGACGUCGCGCUCGCAGGGGUGCAGAGCGACGCCAGCCUCGUGGCGGCGGGGGACCUCUUCGUGUGCGUGGGAGAGAACGGGCUUGCUGGACUCACUGAGGCUGACAAGCGAGGAGCUGUGGCCGUCGUGGCCGACCAGGCUGUCGACAUCGAGGGCACCUUGGCCUGUCGUGCAUUGGUCAUUGUUGAUGACAUUGCAGUCGCUCUCCGUGUGCUCCCUGCCUGCCUGUACAGGCGGCCCUCAAAGGACAUGGCUGUUAUCGGCAUAACUGGCACAGACGGCGUCAUCACCACAUCUCACCUUGUCAAAGCAAUGUAUGAGGCCAUGGGUGUCAGGACUGGCAUGGUAGGUGUUCUUGGGGCUUAUGCCUUCGGCAGCAACAAACUGGACGCGCAACCUGAUGCAUCUGGUGACUCAAUAGCUGUGCAGAAGCUGAUGGCAACGAUGUUGCAUAAUGGUGCUGAAGCAGCUGUGUUGGAGACGACCACUGAUGGGAUGCCACCAUCAGGUGUGGACAGUGAGAUAGAUUACGAUAUCGCCGUGCUGACAAAUGUUAGGCACGCCGAUUGGGAGGCUGGCAUGACAUACGAGGAGUAUAUGAGCAGCAUGGCCUCUCUAUUUUCCAGAAUGGUGGACCCUGAGCGCCACCGGAAGGUGGUGAACAUUGACGAUCCAAGCGCACCAUUCUUUGCUGCCCAAGGGGGGCAUGAUGUCCCUGUGGUGACAUAUUCAUUUGAAAACAAGAAGGCUGAUGUGCACACUCUCAAGUACCAGCUUUCCCUGUUUGAGACGGAGGUUCUGGUACAGACGCCGGAUGGAAUCCUCGAAAUCUCCUCUGGGCUGCUUGGGAGGGACAACAUCUACAACAUCCUUGCAACUGUGGCAGUUGGUGUUGCAGUGGGUGCACCGUUGGAGGACAUAGUAAAGGGUAUCGAAGAGGUGGAUGCAAUCCCAGGCCGGUGUGAGCUAAUUGAUGAGGAGCAAGCAUUUGGGGUGAUCAUUGAUCAUGCGAGGACACCGGAAGCUCUGUCCAGGCUUCUUGAUUGUGUAAAGGAACUAGGCCCGCGCCGUAUUGUCACAGUUGUUGGAUGUUGCGGUGAGAAAGAAAGAGGGAAGAGGCCGGUGAUGACAAAGAUUGCCGCCGAGAAAAGUGAUGUUGUUAUGUUGACGUCCGACAAUCCAGCAAGUGAAGAUCCUUUGGACAUCCUGGACGACAUGUUGUCUGGCGUAGGGUGGACCAUGGAAGAAUACUUGAAGUAUGGUGCCAAUGAUUAUUACCCGCCCCUACCAAAUGGUCACAGACUCUUUCUACAUGAUAUUAGAAGAGUUGCAGUGAGAGCUGCUGUUGCAAUGGGCGAACAAGGCGAUGUUGUUGUUGUCACUGGAAAGGGGAAUGAUACUUAUCAGUUGGAAGGCGAUAAAAAGGAAUUCUUUGAUGACAGGGAAGAGUGCCGAGAAGCACUGCAAUAUGUUGAUCAGUUGCAUCGAUCUGGUAUAGAUACCUCGGAGUUUCCAUGGCGGUUACCAGAAAGCCACUGAAGUCUGAUCUACCCAAGUAAGACGAGGUUCUUUUCACAGUCAUGGUGCAGGACUGGGCUCCCAAUUUUGCUAUCAUGAGCUUCUUAAAGAUGGGCUAGCCGAUGGAGUCUCGGAAAUACAUUUGAUCCAGGUGUUCUGACUGUUGUUAACUGCUAACAAACUACUAGCUUAUGAUUAUUAGUGAUGAUUACUGGAAAGUAGAUAAGUAGAUGGCCCUGGAAUUUUGUGAGUGGAAAAAACAAUUUUCAAAUGUCAAAAGAAAUAGACAUAUAAGUUGGAGUUAUUUGUGUGGCUUGUAAAAUUUUGUGAAAAAAGAUGAGGUCUACGUUCUGUAAAAUUUUGUGGAAAAAGAUGAGGCCCACGUCUUCACCAGAAUA